GUUGCUAUUAUACAAAUCCGUUUCUCAAGCUUGCCAUGAUCUCGCAAAUAGAGAAAUGCAGUACAGUGGGGUUCGGGUCCAGCGUCUACGCAGCAGAUGGAAACCCACGUCAGGGUCCGCGCAAACGUUUGUACUAUGUAAGCCUCAUUGUUUUGAAUGCCCUAUCGGUCGGACCCAUAUGUGACUGUUGGCCCUGUCAUAUCCAAGCUGGUCGUCGUGGGGCCUGAUUAUGCGCCUGUGCUGGACCAUUUGAGGGUGAAUUGCAGAUCCUCCGUAUUCGUGUCAAUACCAACAUGUAAAAUUACUGCCUGGUCGUGGGGACGGGGCUGAAUACCAGGCUGUAUUUGCCGACGAUCUUCAUCAUGGACGAGUACCCGUGCAAUCUCUUCUCUUCCAUUUCAGAUCUCAAAAACCAUCUUCUCACGGCCGGCAGCAUCAAACCACGGCGCUUCGGGAAAGCACCAGCAUAAAAUCACAUGAUGGCUGGAGCCUGGGACACGCCAGAAAUGAGGAACCCCAUCACCAGGAUCCAUGGGUUCGCCACCGCCUUCGGAGUCAUGCGCUGGAUGUUCGCCGUCAUGAUCCUGGGAUUUUCCGCCUUCACGGUACAAGGCGCGACCAUCCCCAAGAUCAAGCCUCCGGCGUCUUUUCUCGUCGCAUGCGCGACCCUCCACGCCGUGGUGCUGUGGUACCCAAUGACACGACCAGUGUCGCGAACGGACCCGAGUGCGUCCAGACUGUACAUGAUAGCCAUGGCCGUAAUGUCCAUCGCCUGGGCUGCUGCUGUCGCCGCAGGGUCUGCCAUGGUUGUCUUCACCAAGGACCAUAGGAAUGCACCCACUUGGCCUGGGCACAAGUGCAACCCCGAUCAAGUCAAAUGCUUCGCCCCGAACGACAAUUCAAUGUCGUGGCUCUGCAUAUUGCUUUCGGCCUUGACCUUAAUACUCUCUUUCGUUCAACUAUGCCUUGUAUGGGGGCUUAGACUCUGUUCGUUCACACCAGAAAUUAUACAGGAAGCCUUUGAGCUUUCAAGGCCCGAGCAUCGAUCCGGCUUCGCAUUGGCGAUUGAAGCCCCUUUCCGUAGGAUGUACCGAGCACUCGGGGACGGCGACGAAAGGGCAAUGUGAUCCUUUGCAUCUGAUUGUGUCAAAAAAAAAGUAGUGAGUGGCCUCAGCUACGCAGAAUGUGGAUGGAUAGAACAGAUGCUUCAAUUGACUGGAUCGCUUGCCCUCCUCUCUCUUCUUCGAGGGCUACGCGUACUAUUUAUCCUUACAGGCCGGUUUCGGUCGUACUGUUGAUCCGACGGAUCCGGAGCCUUGGCUUAAUGUCAUCUAUCCGGUUCCGGCAUCCUGAGUAGAUCAUAGACUCUGUUGGAAAUCACAAGUGUGAGGCGACCAAGUCGGUGGCAAGGUGUGGAAGAAGGUGGAAUAUUCCACAGAGAUCGUGCCUGUACAUAAAUAGGAGUUCUCCUACUGUUCAUUUAGCAUGAAUUAAGCAACUUGAA